GCGCUGUUGUUGCCAGUCCUAGAGCUCGAGCGAGGCUUCGCUUCGGGGCGGGGGGAAGGGAGAGGGAUGUGCUCUUCUGCAAAUCAGGACAGAGGGACGGUUGGCGGACGGCGCGCCGAUUAUCGUUACUGCCUCUCGCGCCGAGGAUCGCUCUCUUAUUAGGUAGAAGCCCUUAUGACGUCAGCCGUGAAGCGGGCCGUAGAAGUAAGAGAACCGCAUUAGUAAGAGAACCACAUUAGUCCUUCCGGUUGUGGAAGGAGGCGCUCGGAAAAGGGGACGGGUAAUACUGCGCCUUUACACGUCAUAUAGAGUGAUGGCUGCCAACUUGGACAACUGGAAUUAGACAAAUUCAUGGAGGAUCAGGCUAUCAAUGGUUACUAGUCGUGAUGGCUGUGCGCUGCUCCAGUUGACCUGUAAAAAAUGAAGCCAUUGUCCAUGAAUUCCACAAUAUUGUCCCUGGCUUCCCAAGUCACUGAAAGUCCUGAACAGGAUGUUCCUGUGUUACUGCUGAAGUUAAAAGAUGUUUUAAAUAGUGCACCACCUGGAAGUAAAGAAUUACAGAAAAUUAAACAAGACUUGUACUACUAUGAUCUGGUUCAAUACUGCCUAUUAGUCCUUAAGCAAGAUUAUACGAGAGUACUUGGAGGUUGGACUACUGCUGCCCAGAUAGCAGAGAUAUUAAGCCUGUGUUGUGUGGGCCUUGAAGUGAAAGAAGAACAUGAGGAGUUUUACAAUAAGCUACUUCCGUCUGCUGCAGACAACCUCCUCUUCUUGGGAAGGCGCCUGCAAGCACGAUUUGUCCGAGCGAUCAAGGAAGAAGAGAGAAAUGAAUUUUUACACUGUUUCAAAACAGUAAUUGAUGCCAUCUGCUGGCUGUGUGGUGGAUAUAUUCAGCUAACAGGAAAUGUGCUUCAGAAAGGACAUUUCCAGAGACUGAUGAUGACUGAUGAUGUUGAAACUUCAACGCUGAUGAUGUCAGUGUUGCAGAAUAUUUUAAGGACCAAUAGUGCUGUGUUACUUCAGGUUGAUGAAAAGACGCUGCACUGCAUUUUAGAUGAACUUAUUUACAAGCUUUCAUCUUCUGUCAAUCCUGUCAUUGGAGAUGCAGCUAUAAAGCUGCUACUGUUGAUCACAGAAUCUGAUGCCCAGCUUGUGACAACAUUGGCUACGCGCUACAAAGGACUACAACAUCUUCUAAGCAAGCAAUGGGCUGGCAAAGGAUUUGACAGGAACCUCAAUCAGUGUUUGGACUUGCUGUACUCAGAAAACUACAAGGCUGGCAAAACACAGAGACUACAUGAAGCAGCUUGUUUAAUCCAGGCGAUAUGGAGAGGAUUUCAAACUCGAAAAAGAUUAAAGCAUCUUCCAAAAGCUGUAACUAUCUUGCAGAGAAAUUUCAGAGCCAAAAGAGAACAGGAGUUGCAAGAUUUAAAAAGGCAGAAAGAAGAAGAGGAGCUUCGGCGACAAUUGCAACUUCAGAGAAAGAGAUCCAUGAGGCUGUUUCAUGAACGACAACUUGCACUACUGGAGAUAGUCCAUGCAGGUCAGGUACAUAAGCAUAUACAUGAAAUGGAGGAGAAGUCAGCCCUAAUUAUCCAAAAAUACUGGAGAGCAUUUAGGACAAGGAGAAAUUUUCAUCAACAGAAGAAAUCUCUUCAGCAAUAUAAGGCAGCUGUCCUCAUUCAGAGAGCGGUGCUUAAAUUCUUGGAAAAGCAAAGGAAAAGAAGGGCCUAUUCUCUCUGGAAACAGCCUAAGCCCCUCUCUGAUGAACAGAGGCUAUCAUUGCAACAAAAAGUGAAUGACUAUAUCAAACUGCAUCCGGCUUCCGAGAUGUCAGAAGAAAUGAGCAGGAAACUUCAUCAUCAAGCUCAGCAAAAGCUGGCCCAGUAUUUGUUGAAAAGAAGCCAGGAUCACAAAGCAGAGCAGCACAGAGAGGCUUUGCUAGCCCAAGUCCACACAGAUGUGGAGCAGCUAAUGAGUGCUCCAAGUUUAAAAGAAUCCAGCAUGAAAGAUCUGAAUGUCUUUAUGAGUAGAUCAGUUCCUGUGGUAGCAAAAGCCAAGCAAUGCCACAACUUCAUGUUGAAGUACAUGCAGUGGCCAUGGUGGAAGAAGCUUGAAGAAGACUUCUUAGAUGAAGAUGCUGCCUCAGAAGAUCUGAGUGCUGAAGUUGGAACUUUGUUCAUUGGGGGGAGCAAAGCAUAAUUGUGGGGGGGAAAUUAGCUUAACUUUUAUGUAUGGACAUCACAGGAGAGAAGAACAUAUUCCAAGAGGCUCUAGCAAGCAGUUCCUCCAAUGCUAUCCAAAUGUUUAAUUUAAUUUUUUAGAAGACUUUUUAAUAAAAUGGGUUUGUACUUGUAUACAAAAAUUAUAUAGCUGUUAGCCAGCUCCUACUUUACAGGUGUUGAACUCUGUAACCAUAGAAAGUCUAAAUUCUGAUAAAAUUAUCAUUUUAAAUAUUGUUAAAGCUCAGUUGAAUUUUUUUUGAAGUAGGAUUCUGAAUUUAAUAUUGUGGGAGUCAGGAUUGGAUGUUGAUGAUAAAGAAGGAAUGAAGUGCAGUGUAGCUUUGUGUAUGUAUAUGGUGGAGAAUAGAGGUACGGGAUGGUACAGGGAACAGCAGCGCAAGAACCUUCAGUCUCCUGGUGACUUACAGCAGUGAUGGAAAACCUUUUUCAGCUUGAAGGCUGCAUUCUCUUCUAGGCAACCUUCCAAGAGCCACAGCAGUGGUGGGUGGGGCCACAGGCAAAUGUAAAAUUUGCCUUUGUAUCGUGGGCUAGCUGCUACACUCACCCCUGUCUACCCUUUAUAUAGAAAAGCAAAAGCCAUCGUUGGAGUUCAAGGGCCCAUUCCAGCCAGGCAAAAACACUCAGGUGCAAAACAGGGCCAGUGAGGGGUGUGGCCUGCUGAGGAUGCCAAGAGCCUUGGAGGCCCACAUUUGGCCCCGGCCCUCAGGUUCUCCAUCCCUGACUUAAAGCAGAAUGGGUUUGGGGUGAUGCUGUAGGUCUUUUGAAUAGCCCAUCUGCACACAUGGUUUUCCUUUUUCUUUUUUUUAGAUGUGGUGAAAAAUGUUAAUUUUUGUUGUUGUAGUGAACUAGGAGCACUGACUGAAACAGGAUUAAAUAGUUCAAGUAACUUAUGGAGUGAAACCUGAUAAGCUCCUGACUGUGAAUACCUUCUGAAUUACACACAUAGAUUAUGGGUUGUAGUAUGACCAGAAGUCAUACUCAAUCAGAUUUUGUUCUCAAUCAGAACAAAAAUACAAUAAUUUUGAUUUGGCUGGCCAGGUUGAAGUACCAGGCAUUGUCCACAUCCUAAGCUGAACUGAACCAGCUUCAUGGUCCUUGUAUUAAUUAACAAAGUCCUGAACAACUUAGGUCCAGGGUAUCUUAGAGACUGCCUGAACGCUUAUAUCCUCAGCUCUAUCACCGAGAUCAUUUGCAGGAGUGGCUCUGAUUGUCCCCUGAGUUGGUGAGGCUCAUUUAACAUCAACAUGAAAUCAAGCCUUCAGUGUCAUUGGCCCAGUUCUCUGGAAUGCUCUACCAACAGAUUCAGCAGGCACCUUCUGUUUUAACUUUUAAGUGCCUGCUGAAAACCUUUCUAUUCCUCCAGGCUUAUGUAGGCAAUUAAGAGGAUGCUUCUUUCGCAACAGUUGACUUUUGAUUUUAUUGUACUUUUAUGUUCUGUAUUCUGUAGUGAUGGUUUUUAAUGUGUUGUAAACCACUUUGAUGUUUUUAACGAAAUAGCAGUAUACAAAUAUUUUUAUAAAUAAAUAAGCUAUGUCCCUUU